AUGGUUCUUGACGUGCUCACCAUAGAUAUAGGCGGUAUCCUUGCCAUUCUCCUUGAAUGCAAGCUUGAAGAGUUAGGGGAUGGGGCCCUUGAGAAUAAUCACCUCCCGAUAAUUGGGAAGACAAUCACGCAGCUUUGCAAACUGACCAUUGCGAACGAAGGCCACCUUCCUUCGUCAUUGCCACACAAUCCCUUAGCACGACGGUCUCCUCUGGUCCAGAUCUGUCACGGUGCCCCUGGGUUCCUGGUCCUUUUAGCUCGCUCUCGAGGCAUUGCACGUCUAGCGAGCCUGGAGUGGGAGCCAUGUUGGGAUCAUGCAAUAUACCUCGCUAGCCAGCGGGUUUGGGAGCAAGGCCUCAUCUUUAAAGGAGGUGGCUUAUGCCAUGGCAUUGCAGGAAACGCAUGGCCUUUCCUAAUGCUUCACAACUUAUUUGAAUAUGGGCCUCAGGGCUCGAGAGCCGACAGGAUGGCGUUCAGCGAAAAACUGGCUCAGACACCACCGCCUCCUCAAAAGUACUCUGCUGACCAAUAUCUCUCGCGAGCACUGGCUUUCCUUCUGCAUGUCAGAAAGACACAGCCAUUUAAUACCCAUACGUACGAAGAGAGCAUCCAAUAUCGUAUGCCGGACCAUCCUUAUAGCCUCUACGAGGGGCUCUCCGGCACAAUGGUCGCUUGGGCAGAAGCAUGCGUGGUUAUUGUAGCUCGCCUGCGAAAGAUGGAAGUGGACGAGGUUGUGGGACACGGUGCCUAUCAUACUGAUGGAGCUUUUUGUCGAGAUUUGCGCCAUGUGCUGGGGAUUCCUGGCAUUGCAGUCCAGGGAUAUAUAUAA